AUGACUGAUAAGAAAUCAGACUCUAUGGCGUCCUACUUUAUUCUUUCUCUUCACUUUUCAACAUUAUUUUCAUUUUUCCUUCUUUCCUAUCAUUCUUUUCUUUUUAUUCAGUUGGAUUUCAUUCCAGACACAUACUAUUUCUUUUUCUUUUCGUUCUUUCUUCUUGUGUAUUCUUUUUACUUUCUAUUGUUCUUUUCACACUUCACCACAGUUAUUACCAUAUUUCAUCAUUCAUAUCCACCUUCCGGCAUUUUUCCUCCCUCCCUUCCUAAUUUCUUUUUUUCUUUACCUUUGUGCUUAUCAUUUAUUUUGCUUAAUUUGUAUUACUCUUUUCUUUUUUGCAUUCAUUCUUUCUUUCACUUUUCACUACUUUUUCCAUCACUUAUGUUCUUCUUUCGCCAUAUUCAUUCUUUCUUUCUUUCACCUCAUCUCAUUUUAUGCUUCAUCGUCAUCGCUUUGUGCGUUUUUAUUUUGUCUCUUUCUAACUUGUCAUUUCACAUUGCCUUUUUCCUAACCCUGCUGCCAGUUCAUAUUACCGUGUUCCUUUCACACCAGCAAUUUCAUUUUAAAUCAUUCUUUUACCUCCUGUCAUUUCACCGUCUUCUACUGUCUUUUCAUUUUAACUCGAUCAUUUCACUUCUCUCAUUUCACUUAAUCCCGUUUUUUCUCUCCUGUGAUUUCACUUUGCCUCGCCCCUUUCACAACUGUCAUUUCAUUGUGCCUUAUUCCUUCCCCUUCUGUCAUUCCACUUGUUUUGUUGCUGUCACUCCCGUCAUUACACAUUGCCUCGUUGUUUCCACUCAUCAUAUCACAUUUCUUUAUCUCCUAUCAUUUCAUUUGGAAUCGUUUCUUUCGCGUCUGUCAUCAUUGCUUUUUUUCUUUAAUUCCUGUAAUAUAUCCUUGACUCACUCCUUUCAUCCCUGUUCUUUCCUCUUGCCUCGUUCAUUCUCCUCGGGUCAUUUCAUUUUACCUUCAGUCUUUCAUUCAGUCUUCUCAUUUAAUUUUGUUUUAUUCCUGUCACACCAGUCAUAUCGCUUAGACAACGCCCUUUCUUUCCUAUUUUGCCUCAUUCCUUUAAUUCAUGACAUUUCAAUUUGA